UCCGGAAUAAUCGACGAAAACAGAAGAAAACAAAAAUCAUCGACAAUCAUGGAUGGCCUAUUGCCAUCAUCAACAACAACAACAAAUGGAAAUACAAAAGUGAUUAACAGUUUCUUUCCAAAUCCUGUAACAACAACAAAUCGAGAUUAUCAUAUUAAUACAUCAUCUUUAUCACAAACACCAGCCGAUUAUUUUGUUGGUGUUCUUGAUCAUCAAUCAACAGCAACAUCUGUAUUACAACAACAACAACCACCACCACCUGAUGUAACACAUUCGAAUAAUUAUGCAGCGGUAGUUGCAGCAGCAGCUGCUGCAUCAUCGAUGCCUUCCGAUCAUCAUUAUGCACCAUAUGUAACAACAAUGGCUGCAGAUAAUGUUAUCGCUGCAUUUUAUGAUCAUCAUCAUCCGCAACAACAACCGCAACAUCAUCAUCAUCAUCAACAACAACAUCAACAAGCGGCACAUGUAAUCACUUCACGUUUAUCUCAAUUAAAUAUUGAUUCAACAUCAUCAACAACACAAAAAUCUUUUCAAUAUUCGAAUCAUGAUCAUAAUUCCUCUUCAUUAUCAUCAUCAUUGCAUCAACAACAACAACAUAAUUCGUCAAAAUCAACGACAACAAAUGCUACUGUAUCAAUGAUCAAUUCACAUCAACAACAACAACAACAACAGCCACAACAAAUUCAAAUUGAUAAUUCAAAUUCAACAUUUUUUAUUGCCGAUUCAAUACGUGAUGAAUUAACCAGACGUAUGGCUAAAAUACAAGAAAUGUCAAGUGAAACAAUAAAUAUUGAAAUACCAUCGAAAGUUGAUGUGUUCAUUGAUUUAAUACAAAUAGAUCAAAUAUCAGGUGCCAGUUCAUUUACAUUUAAUGGUAUGAUAUCAACUGUUUAUCGUGCAACAAACAGUGAAACUGGACAAUUAUUUUGUUUACGUCGUUUUCAUUCAUUUCAACCAAAUACAGCUAAUACAAAAUUAUUAAUGGGAACAAUUGAAUCAUGGAAAAGGAUACAACAUCCAAAUAUAAUACCAUUACGACAAGUUUUUACAACAAAAUCAUUUGGAGAUAGUUCUGUGAUAUUUGUUUAUGAUUAUUAUCCAUUAGCCGAAACAAUUAUGUCUAGUUAUUUUUCCAAUCAAUUAAAUACUAUUGGUAAUAAUAGUGGUGGUUGUGGUGGUAAUCAUUCAACAACAACAACAACAACAAUGACAAUGAAUGGUUAUUCAACAUCAUCACGACCAUAUAGUCAACAACAACAAAAUACUCGAAAAUAUUUACCAGAACAAACUAUAUGGAAUUAUAUUAUACAGAUAUCAUCAGCAUUAAGAACAAUACAUCAAUCAAAUUUAGCAUUUCGUUCAUUAGAUCCAACAAAAAUUCUCAUUACAAGUGGUGGUGGUGGUGGUGGUGUGAAUGGUACACAUUCAAAUAUUAAUCGUGGUCGUGAUGCACGUGUUAAAUUAAGUUUUUGUGGUGUAACCGAUAUACUAACAUUGGAUUCAAUUCAUUCAUCAGCUAAUAAUCAUCGUGCAUUCAUACAACAUCUACAACAAGAAGAUUUAAUAUUAUUUGGUAGAUUUUGUUUAUCAAUAGCAACAAAUUCAUUAACAGCAUUUACAUCAUCAGCCUUACAACGUGAUAAUCAUCAUAAUCAUAAUAAUAAUAUACAAGAAUAUAUUGAUACAAUACCUCGUAAUUAUUCAAAUGAUUUAAGAAAUUUAAUAUUGUAUUUAAUAACAUUUAAAACAAAUUCAACAUCAAAGCCAAGAUCAAUUGAUGAUAUAAUGCCAAUGAUUGGUGCACGUUUUUAUAUGCAACUUGAUUAUUUUUAUUUACGUUAUGAUUAUCUUUAUGAUGAAUUAGCAAAAGAAGUUGAUAAUGGUAGAUUAUUACGUUUAUUAUCGAAAUUAGGUACAAUAAAUGAACGUCCGGAACAUCAACUUGAUCCAACAUGGUCUGAAACUGGUGAUCGUUAUAUGUUAAAAUUAUUUCGUGAUUAUUUAUUUCAUCAAUGUGAUGAAACUGGUAAACCAUGGCUUGAUCUUGGUCAUAUUAUAUCAAAUUUAAAUAAAUUUGAUAUUGGAUCACCGGAAAAAAUUUGUUUGAUAUCAAGAGAUGCACAAAAUGUUAUUAUUGUUUCAUUUGAAGAAUUGAAACGUUGUUUUGAAACAGCCAUUAAUGAUUUAAUGCAAUGAAUGAUGGAUGGAUGAAAAUAGCCAUGUAAUCGACGAUUUCAAUAAACAAAA